AUGGGAUGCAUUCUAAGCAUAGAUGAAAUUCCUCGUGAGACGCCAAUAUAUAACUUUAUAAUACUUAAACCGCUCGAAGAUAACAAAUUGUAUUCCUUAAGGAAGUUUGGAAAAAACGUUCCAAACCGUUCGUUCUUUAAGGAAAGUGCGGGCCAACUGACUCCAGAUACAUGUGAUACUAUGUCACCUGGGCUAUUAGAAAUCGUAGAAGAAGCAAAAAAUUUGUAA